AUGUCGCCUACUAGUUUCCGCCUCUACCAUCUUACACGUAUUUCGUCGUCGCAUACACACCUGCAUGUACACAUACGCACACACACAACACGCAACCCAAUUCAACUCCUGGCUACCUCUGUUCAUAUACAUACUCUUUGCACCCCAAUGCCUAUGCGCUGCCAUGCGCGCGCUCCCGGUUCGUGUGCUCACAGGACGGGUUCGGUCUCGCACCAGGACCAUGCUCCUAUUUGGUUUAUUGGCUCCGACGUCAUGAACAUGGACUACCAUGUCUCCCGCUCUCUGCAUCAUCUGAAUGAUCUCCAGGGUCUAUCUAUUCUCGACAUGCCUAUACACCUGUCAUGGGCUGAAAAACAGGUUCCGCAAAAUUUGUCCAUCUUCAUUUCUCACGAUCCACCUGUCCAUGCUCGGAGUGAGCGGCUUUUGGUGCUGGCCCGAGAAGGCGGGCGUUCAAAUGAGCGUCGCAGCCAAACCUAUACGCACUGUCCCAUCUGGCGCUGGCAAUACGAUCUGUGGAGCACAAUGCCCGCAACGGCGUCCCUUGUAGCUUCCAUUGCCUCCAUGGAUCUGCGCCAGCAAAAUCUACGUAGCGUCAGUGUUUUUUUUAACUGCUAUGACCAGCGGUGA